GUGGGCUGGGCUGGGCGAGAACGUUGACGGCCACCUGUAUGUUCUCGUAUCCAUAUCAUCGCUGAAAAUAAGGCAGCGUCCUUGUUUCUUUCUCCUUCUCUUCCUAGACAGGAGAUUAUCAAGCCCUCCGGCGUUCGGUGGCACCACCCAGUCUCAAGAAAAUGCCGCUUGGACUUCCGCUCACCGGCACCAGGAAGGCAGGUGCUCCCAACCUCCAGCUGGCCCUCCUCCUCCUCCUCAUCUCAGGAUCUCUGGCCCCAAUGACGACGACAACGUCCCGGCUUCUGGAACAAGCCCCGGGCCUUUGCCCAACCCAAACUCAGAUUCCUGGUCCGGAAGCCAAGAUGAGACAGACGGGCCGGAAUACCUGGCCAUCGGCAAUCUCGGCCGGGCGAGUCGGCCCUGCGACAGCCCCGAAGAAUCCGGCACGGCCACUCUGAACAGUUCGGGCAGCAGCACCUCCAACCUGUUUUCAUCCAGCAGCUCCCAGAAGCAGGAAUCGGGCUCCUCCUGGGGGGAGCUGGGAGGCAGCUGGAAGUCCUCGCUGUUGCGACGGUCCAGUUUCUCUGAGGGACAGGCCUCGAUCCCGCAAGGGAAGCCCAAACGGAGCCACGUGCGUUCCCAUUCGGACACCAACGUAGCUUCUGCGAAAGCUCACG